GAAGAAGAAGAAGACGAGGAGGAGGAGGAGGAGGAAGGAGGGGACACCACAGCCAAUCCAACCCACCGCCGACCACCACGGGACGCUCCCUAUCCACCUCUGGCGACCACCACUAACGACAAGAAAAGGACCAGACUAAUUCGAAAUCUCGGGUUUUCACGACCACCACCACCAUGAUGAUGUCGUCGAAGUCUGUUCCAUUGACAUUACCUCCAAACAAAGAGUGUGGAGAACAAGAAAAGGUGUGGAGUGGAGACAGUGAACAUGAAGAAGAUGUAUGGUGUGGUCCUUUAAGCAAAGAUUGUGAUGAGAUAAAAACUAUUGAGGAAACAGAAAAUUGUGAACAUAAAGCUGAAGAACCGAAGGUGGGAAUGACAUUCGACACAUUGGAGGACGCUUAUUUGUAUUACUUAAAAUAUGCAAAAGAAAAAGGGUUUGCUGUUGCGAAAAGAUCAUCGAGAAAGGGAAGAGAUGGAAAUGUGAGGCAUGUAGGGUUUGAAUGUUGUCGUGCUGGAAAAGCAAGGGUGAGAACAAGCAACCCGGUCAAACCACGGCCACAAACAAAAGUUGAGUGUCCAGCUCACAUUAAUGUUGUGAUACACCCGGAUGGAAAGUGGAGGUUAAGCCAUGUUGUUUUGGAGCACUAUCAUGAACAGAGCCCGGCAAAGGCAAGGUAUUUCAAGUGCAACAGGGUACUAGAUGAACAUGUAAAAAGAAAACUUGAAUUAAAUGAUCAAGCCGGGAUCAGAGUGUACAAGACUUAUGAUUCACUUCAGAUUGAGGCUGGAGGUCCUGAUAAGCUUCUAUUUCUUAAGAAAGAUUGCCGAAAUCAUUUGGAUAAAGUUCGACGUUUACGACUUGUGGAAGGAGAUGCUGAAGUGAUGCAUCGUUAUUUCAUGAGAAUGAAGGCAGACAAUUCUGACUUCUUUUUUGCAAUGGAUUUGAAUGAAAAGGGUCGAUUAAGAAAUGUAUUUUAG